AUGCGCAAAGCCCGCAUCGCCGCCAAAAUCAACCACACAGAGCCUCUCCGCCUACAAUGCCUCAAGCUCAACGGCUUCGUAAUCGACCAGCUCCCCUUCGAAGAAGAACUCAGCGGCCUGAAACUCCUGACCUGCGGUGACAAGUGCUUUGACGCCGGGCUGCGCGCCCCCAAGACCAGGCAUGCACCGCUUAAUCGUUGGAGUGGCGCUGUCAAUAAUGCGCCCUCGCACUGCAUGAUUGUCUGGCCCAAUUGGCAGGGCAUAUUUGAUGCGGCGGGCCAUCAACGGGAUGAGAGUGGUGAGGUUGUGGCGGAAGGUGUGGUGGUGUCGACGUCGCACAGCCGUAUGGGAUGUAGGAAACUCGGAUUCCUCCACUUUCAAACCUCAAACCUCACCUCAUUCAACUAUACCAAAAUCCAAAUCCCUUGA